GUCGGUGAACCAGGACGUGAAGUGUUUUUUGUCGUGACCCUCUUUUCUGCGAACUUGUUAUCACUUGUCUUCUGUUGGGUCGUAAGAGAAAAGUGAGUUUUGCGGAGGAAAUUAGGUACUUUUUUCGGAUUAAAUUAGUGCAAUCAAAAUGUCUAUGCGUGGUGGAAAAAAUCGGGGUCGAAACUGGAACCAAGGUGGCCCGAGCGGUCGUAAUUACUAUGACGGUGGUAACGGUAACAAUUACUCGGAACACGAUGAUCGAGUGGAAAAUUGGAAUCGGGAUCGUAAAGGAAAUGUUACGAAACGUAGAGUCAGUUUCAAACACGUCAAUGGUGGACGGCCCAAGGGCAGUAUGAUUUCUGACAUCAAGAUUCGGGCGCUACUGGAAGACGAUGAAGCGAUGGCCGGAGAAGGACAUGACGGAGAACGGCGAACGUUUUUUAGAGGAAACAAUAAGGGUUUCAACAAAGGAGAUCGACGGCGAGGUUCGCCUAUUCCGCGGGGUCAAAUGAUGCACAAGAAGCGAUUAAUAAGUGGUCCUACAAGUUGGUUCGAAGUGAAGAUCCCGUUCGGACAUAAGUACGAAAAGGAGUUUCUGCUUCGUUCGCUCAUCAAUGCCAUCAAGCCGGAGGUUUUUAUACCACACUACUGGAAGGUGGAAGACACGGCUGUUAGCUUUCACAUCGAGGAUUUUCCGGCAGCUGAAGCGCUGCAAAAGAUUGAUCGAACAAUCGGUCUUCCCGAUGGUCGCAAAAUGAUCGUAAUCGUGCGCAAUAGCACGCCGCUAUUCCAGGUCAAUGAGCAACUGAAGGAACGCAUGAAGCUGGCUAUGGUGAAGCGAUACAAUCCGGCCACCAAGGCUUUGAAUUUAGAGAAGUUUCACGCCGAUCCGGAUCUAGGGGAUAUAUUUUGCGCACUCUUUCGGCCUCAGAUUAUGCUGGCGGCGCUCGAGGUUAUCAAGGAGAACAUUCCAGAUUUGGAGGCACUGAACUUGAACGACAACAAACUACACAUGUUGGACCAUUUCAAGCAGAUUGCCGUUAAAAUACCCACCUUGAAGAUUCUCUACAUGGCUAAUAAUAAGAUACCCUACGUGACGUCACUGGAUAGUCUGAAGGCCCUGAAUUUAAUUGAGAUCAACCUGGAUGGAAACCCGCUCAAGGAACGCAUAAAAGACCAAACGGUUUACAUCAGUGAGGUCCGGAAGCGGUUGCCGAAAAUCAUCAAGUUGGACAACAUUGACCUCCCGCCUCCGAUCGGUUUCGACGUGACCGACGACGACAGUAAACUGCCACAGGCUAAAGCAUCCUUCCUGUGCGAUACGGCUGGGGCAGACAUAGUGCGCCAGUUUCUGGAGCAGUACUUCAUCAUCUAUGAUUCCGACAACCGACAGCCACUGCUGGACGCGUACCACGAGCAUGCAAUGAUCUCGAUGACCGUAUUCAACAACCCCAGUCAGGGAAGCCAGCAGCGACUGCAAAACUAUCUGGCUUACAAUCGUAAUCUGAACUCCAAACGGGAUCUGGAUUCGCGGUGUCGGUUUUUAAAAAUGGGUCGACUGCCGGUGGUUUCUUUCCUAUCCGAACUGCCCCAGACCAAGCACGACCCGCAGUCGUUCGUCGUCGAUCUGACGCUGUUUACGCCCCAACUGAUCCUACUGACGGUGACGGGUGUGUUUAAAGAGCGCAAGCUAGCCGUCAUCAACGAGCCGUACCGAUCGUUCCAGCGCUCACUGGUGAUCGUUCCCUCGGGUGCCGGUUUCUGCAUCCGCAACGAAAUGAUCCACAUCAACAACACCACACGCAUUCAAGACGAGAAGGCAUUUAAGGAGGUGCCACUGCAGCAACCAACGCCCGCUCCCGUUGCACCAAUACCGCCGGUCGCCGGUGCUCCCGAUGAUAACACCAAACUGCAGAUGGUCCAAGCAAUGGCCGCCCACAGUAACAUGAAUCUGGAGUGGAGCCGAAAGUGUCUGGAGGAAACCAACUGGAACUUUGAGCGGGCUGGAUUCGCUUUCGCCGAGCUACACAAACAGAACCGGAUACCACCGGAGGCGUUCGUGAAACAGUAGAAUCCCCCGCCGGGCGGCGAAGGCAGCGGCAUCGCAGGACGUUGAUCCGGAGAUGAUAGGUUAAGUUAUAGUUAGGGGAGGGAUAUUUCGGGACAGCUACUGGAACAGAAAAGAUAGGAAAAAGGCCAAACUUGAAGCUCGACGUUUAAUCUGACUAUCGAUAGUAGAAUACAAUUCGCUGACACAUGAUUUAAAAGGAUGAAAUUUUUUUCGUUUUUUUCUGUUUAGUUUCGCCUUUUUCCUAUUUCAUUUCUACUUUACAAAGAAACAGCUACAAAUGAAUGGGUAGCACAUUUUAUUUGUCUACAAAUCCUUCGAUAUCAGACAAAUUAUUAUAAAAAGUAUACAUGUCACAAAUAUGACGAGUUUUUUUUAUAAAACUGUUUAUAGUCGUUUAUCAAUGUCACUGUUUUCCCUAUUGAUGCCAUUGAUGGGCGACUGAGAGCAGGUACUAGCAAACAAGAUACAAUUUUAUUCAGUAAGAAUCGAUUAUCUUGUGAGAUGUAAUGGAGCCCAACUCGAUAGCAAAGCAAAAAUUGCGCGAAUGCUGUAAAAAUCUUAGCAUAGAAUAAUAGAACCAUUUUAUAAGCUAAAAAGUAAGGAUAAAAAAACAGCUCAGCUUAUUUAACUGGAUUCUUGUAGUGAUUCGUUUGUAUUGUAACUGUCGCAUCUAUUUUUUAACAACGUAAAAUUGUAUAUUAUUAAUACAAAUGGUUUUCGCUCUUACUGACACAUGGAGAGGAAUAAUCAAAACCACAAAAAAUAUAGAAACUAACCGGAAAAUGCCGGAUUAGAAAAAUAAAACAAUAAUUUAUCUUUA